CUGAGCGCGGAGCACCGAGUCCCGGCAGGAGCGCCAUGGCGCCCAGCGGCAAGGUGGCAGUAGUGCUGUGCCUGGAUGUAGGCCUUACAAUGAGCAGUUCUUCCCCUGGUGAAGAGACUUCACUUGACCAAGCCAAGAAGAUUAUGACAAAGUUCGUGCAGCGACAGGUUUUUGCUGAGAGUAAAGAUGAAGUCGCUGUAGUUCUGUUUGGCACUAAUGGCACUAGAAAUGGCCUUGCCAGUGAGGAUCAAUACCAAAACAUUACUGUACAUAGAUCACUAAUGCUGCCAGAUUUUGAUCUGCUGGAAGACAUUCAAAAUGUGAUUAAAGCAGGCUCUGCACAAGCAGACUUUCUGGAUGCUAUUAUUGUGUGUAUGGAUUUGCUUCAGAAAGAAACAAUAGGAAAGAAAUAUGAGAAGAGACACAUUGAAUUGUUUACAGACCUUAGUAGUCCUGUCAGUGAGGAUCAGCUGGAAAUUAUCAUUGCUAACUUGAAGAAAACGGGAACUUCACUUCAGUUUUUUCUGCCAUUCCCAGUGAGUGUUGAUGAUGGAAGUGGAGAUAAAAGUGCCAGUGUGCAUGCUCAUAUGCACAAAAACUCUUUUCCAAUAAAGGGUUUAACUGAACAACAGAAGCAAGGUAUUGAUGUGGUGAGGAAGCUCAUGUAUACUUUGGAUGAAGAAGGAGGACUGGAAGAAAUUUAUACUUUCAGAGAGAGCCUGGAACGCCUUUCAAUGUUUAAGAAAAUGGAAAGAAAGCCUAUGCCUUGGCCCUGCCAGCUCACUAUUGGUCCUAAUUUGUCUAUAAGGAUUGUGGCCUACAAAUCAGUCACAGAAGAAAGAGUGAAAAAACUUUGGGCAAUUGUGGAUGCUAAAACCCUCAGAAAAGAGGAUGUGCAAAAAGAAACUGUUUACUGCUUGAAUGAUGAUGAUGAGACAGAGGUUCAGAAAGAUGAUACUAUUCAAGGUUUUCGGUAUGGGAGUGAUAUAGUUCCUUUUUCCAAGGAAGAUGAAGAGCAAAUGAAAUACAAAACAGAAGGAAAGUGUUUUUCUGUUUUGGGAUUCACUAGAUCCUCUCAGAUCCAGAGGCAUUACUACAUGGGCAACCAAGCUCUGAAGGUCUUUGCAGCAAAAGAUGAUGCGAAUGCAGCAGUUGCUUUUUCUGCACUUGUUCGUGCAUUGGAUGAGUUGAAAGUGGUGGCUGUAGUGCGCUAUGCUUAUGAUAGAAGAUGCUAUCCACAAAUUGGAGUAGCUUUUCCAUAUAUUAAAGAUACAUAUGAGUGUCUCAUCUAUGUGCAGCUACCCUAUAUGGAAGACCUAAGACAAUAUGUAUUUACAUCCUUGAAAAACAGUAAAAAAUGCAUUCCUACAGUGGAUCAGCUAUCUGCUGUUGACUCACUGAUUGAUUCUAUGAAUUUGGUUCAUGAAGAUGGAGAAACUUUUGAGGAUCUAUUUAAGCCCAGCAAAAUUCCAAACCCUCAUUUUCAGAGAUUAUAUCAGUGUUUGCAGCACAAGGCUUUUCACUCUGAUAAGCCACUGCCACCAAUAGAACAGCAUCUUUUAGAAAUGCUAGAGAUGCCUUGUGUGGUAAGAGAAAGAUGUCAGGCUCCUCUGGAAAGAGUAAAAGCACUUUUUCCCCUAAAGGAAGUUGGCAAGAAAAAAGAAGAGAAGACUGCACAAGACAUCUUCAAAGACAAUGAAGAUGAACCCAGCCUUAAGAAACCAAAAAUUGAAGAUGAGGAAGAGAGCUUUAGCCUUAUGAAACUUGCUGAAGGCAAUAUCACCUCUGUAGGCAGUGUUAACCCAGCAGAAGAUUUCCGAAUUCUGGUGAGGAAGAAAAAUGCUGACUUCAAAGAUGUGAGUCAGCAGUUGAUAAACCGCAUUGAUCAGUUCUUGGAAAAUAAAGGUUCCCAGUACUACAUGAAAGGGAUUGACUGUAUCAGAGCUUUUAGAGAGGAGGCCAUGAAGCUGUCCAAGGUGCAGUGCUUUAAUGACUUUCUGCAGGCACUGAAAUCAAAGUUGGAAGAUAAAGCCUUAUCUGAUUUCUGGGAGAUCAUGGUACAAGAACGGAUUUCUUUGAUCACUAAAGAUGAAGCAGAAGGAAGUUUGGUGACAGGUGAAGAGGCUGAGAAGUUCUUGGCUCCAAAGGAACAGAAAAAUGAAACUCUGCCUCCUACAGAUGAAGGUGGUGAUGUUGAUGAUCUGCUGGACAUGAUGUGACCAGUGAUACAUGAUGACUGUAGAAGCAAAGUUUUGGAAGAGAUGGCUCUGUGAGAUGGGGCCCAAAAAAAGAUGCUAAUGAGAAGACAGUACAUCCAUCUUUAUUUUGUCAAAUGAGAACAGAAAUCCCAGAAACGUUUCCAGCUGGUAUAAAUGGCAUCUGACUUUCAAAACUAGAACAGAAGAUUGAAAUUGUCUAAAGUAUUUGGACAGUAAUGAUACCUUUAAGGCAUCUUUUUUUUUCCUUUUCUUUAGAACUGAAGUUAGCUUGUCCUUUGUAUUGCUUUUAGCUGAACACUACCAGAUUUAAUGAGAAUCUGCUCUGGUGCCUGAAAUUCCUGUUGCAUUGCCUGGGAAGGAAGACAGAAAUGUCACAGCAAGGUUACUAGGUAAUACUGAAUAUUUAGUGGAGGUAACCCUAUAGGUUUAUUGUUACAGAAAGGAAAAAGUCUCUUAUUUUCAUGCUUUAAAAAAACCAACCAACCAACUCAAAUAAACAAAAAACAAGAUAGAGCAAAAAAACCCAACAAAGCACCCUGAAAACCACCACAGAGGCUUGUGGGAAAAAAUUCUAGGUCAGGGACUCACAAGUUAAUAGUUUGAAAUACACAACAGAAUCUAAAGCACACAGCAGAGCCAGGUGUGCUGAUUUGCCACACUGACCCCAGAUCAGUAAUUAUGGUCUUCUCUGCAUUACAGGUUCUCUAUCCUGUCAGCUCAGCAGCAGCCCAAGGUCUCUGUCCCUUUCUGUGACACAUUUUCCUGUUCCAUGUGCUGGGAUUUUUGAUUUUUUUAGACUUUUAACUAGUACAGUUGCUGUAGAUGCUCCUGGUCCUGAAAGGAGAAUGAAUCAGUUCUGUGUCCAUUCCAUACACUGCUGGGAACUGCUCACCCAGAGCAGGAGAGUCCCUCAAAGCUGUACACUGACAGCUGGGAUAGAGAAGUGAUAAUAGUUAACACUGGUAACCAGGAUGGAGUAAUGUCUACACAGAGCAAUCCAAAGGAGUCAAAUGCUGCUUAGAUAGAGACAUUGAAGUCUGAUUACAGAGCUGAAGAGACAGUAAUGACACCUUCACACAUGAUUGUCUCUUAGAACCGGAUUCAUUCCUUUAAAAGCUGGUGCAUCAUUAUUAUAAAUGUAUAAAUGUACUGUGCAAAAUGGUAUUAAGAUCACAAAAAAAGGAAAAAUCAUGAUCUUUAGUUGCAAAAUGUUGUGGAAUAUUUGUGCUUUAUAUUGGCCAACAGCUCCUGUGUGGGAAAUAGCAAUUGUUUUUUGCUCCUACUUCCUUACACAGCAGCCUGCUCUCUGUUGUCUUACAUCCUAUCCUGACUGAGUUGAAAGCAUUUCUCAAAUGCAGAUGGCAGGGAGCAAGUGAUUUUUGCAGACCUUUAUAGCUUUUGUAUCACCAGAAGAUAUUUUUCUCAACUGUAAAUAAGGAUUAUUUAAUCAGUGAUUUAAAGGCCAAUAUAUGGAGUAUGCUGGCUGGGGGUUUCUUAUACACUUUAUUUUUUUUGUUUAAUAAAAAUAUUUUAAAGGUCA